CUCCUGCAGCGUGGCUCCUCGGAGUCGCGUCAGUCCCCCGCCCGGCGGCUGCUAGGCUGACGUGGCUCCCGGAAGUGCGACUGCACGGGUCCGUCAUGUUGCAGCAGGACAGUAAUGAUGACACUGAAGAUGUUUCACUGUUUGAUGCUGAAGAGGAGACAACUGAUAGGCGAAAAAAACCCAAAGUCAGACACCCCGUGGCAUCAUUUUUCCAUUUAUUCUUUCGCAUCAGUGCAAUUAUAGUCUACCUUCUCAGUGAAUUGUUCAGCAGCAGCUUUAUUGCUUGUAUGGUGGCAAUUAUCUUAUUAUUGUCAUGUGACUUUUGGACUGUCAAGAAUGUCACAGGUAGAUUAAUGGUUGGCCUUCGUUGGUGGAAUCAUAUUGAUGAAGAUGGAAAAAGCCAUUGGGUAUUUGAGUCCAGGAAGGCAUCUUCUCAAGAGAGUAAAACUGUUUCAGAGGCGGAAUCAAGAAUCUUUUGGUUAGGACUUAUUGUCUGUCCAGUGCUGUGGGUGGUAUUUGCCUUUAGUGCUCUAUUCUCUUUCAAAGUAAAGUGGUUGGCAGUGGUUAUUAUGGGUGUGGUACUACAGGGAGCCAAUCUAUAUGGCUACAUCAGGUGCAAAGUUGGCAGCAAGAAGAAUUUAGCCAGUAUGGCAACUUCUUACCUUGGAAAGCAAAUUUUAAGACAACACACUGGAGAUGAUCAGAGUUCAUGAAGACUGAGAGAAAAUUUCCUUUCUGUUACAUGGGGAAAUAAAUGAAGAGAUUCUUGACUGAACCUUUUAGAGCUUAGUAAAAUGUGAAGAGGUGUGCUGAUUUGUUCUUCCACUUCAAAAAUUUAUGAGAAAAAAAGUUUUCCUUUCUUCCCUUGUUUGAAAGUAUAGUUUUAGUUAAAAACAUGUUUGAUUCAUGGCAUAAAUAUGUAUAUAUAGUCAUACAAUAACUAGUUUCAAAUGAAAGUGUAUUUAUGUAAUAUAUAAUAAUGACUUCUGUAUUUUGAUGCUUAGAAUAUAGAAUGUGUUUUUAGGCUGUAUCAAAAGCCUUUCUGUUUACAUUUUAUGUCUUUUUUGGGGGGAAGGUUUGUUUUUUGAGCCACACCUGGCAGUGCUCAAGGGUUAUUCUUGGUUCUACGCUCAGAAAUUGCUCCUGGCAGGCUUGCAAGACCAUAUGGGGUGCCAGGGAUUAAACCUAGGUUUGACCUGGGUUGACCUUGUAUAAAGCAAACAACCUAUCGCUGGUCUAUAUCACUCUGGCCCCACAUUUUAUUUCUGUAGAACCUUUUCAGAAGAAAGUUUUGCUUUUAUAGUAAGAACGAGCACUUUAGUUUAUGUAUAAAUUAGAAAUAAUUAUUAACUUUUUAUUUUAUUUUUUAAUAUCUUUAUUUAAACACCUUGAUUACAACAUGAUUGCAGUUGGGUUACAGUCAUAUAAAGAACACCCACCUUCACCAACUUUCUAAUUUAAUAUCUGUAUCGGUAAAAGUUCUCAUUGAUCAUUCAUAGGCAGGUGAAAAAAUCUAGUUCAGUUGUGUUAGUGUUAUUUUUAUUUGUAACAAAGUCAUGUUCUUUAGGUUCAAUUAAUAUAAAUGGACUUUCCAUAGGUUA